CUUCCCUCUCCAGGUGUUUAAGGAUUGUGAGAGUCACUGCAAAGCAGCUCUGGAUGGUGCUUUCUCACGACUUGGAGCUCCUGCUAAGCUUAACUAGAGGCAAUCAUCAGAACACUUGUCGGGUUUAGUAGGUAGUUCACCAUGAGUGACAUCUCUUCAUAUUCGAAUGUGCAAUGCAUCAAGCACAAUGACAGCCUCAUCCUGUAUUGCAAGGACUGCUUAGUCAGCGUGUGCUGCAGGUGUUUGGUCGACGGGGAGCAUAAAGGCCAUGCGUUUAUCAACUUUGAAGAUGCCUGCAAGCUGGAAAGUUUGAACAUAACAGAUCAAAUGAAAAAACUCAAGAGGAAAAUAAAAAAAAUCGAUGACAGCAUGAAAAAAUGUACCACUUCAGAGCAGAAGGUAGAGGCAAUGAUUCAAGAAGUCAAGAACUCUGUAAACAAGAAGUACCGGGAGAUUCAGGAGAAGCUGAAGCAGGAUGAGGAGCAGUCAUACCGACUGAUUGAGGCAGAGAGGCAGAGUAUGAUAUACCAAAUUCAACAUCAAACUGAGUGCAGCUGUGCAGUCAAGGAUGCUGCACAAAGUCUCACCGUAGAACUUAACAACAUCUUAUCUUCUAAUUGUGACAGCGUUUCUCAGCUAAUGGAGAUAAAUUCAUUGAAAGCAAGCAUUGAACCCUUGCAUAAUAUCCAUAAAAGUUUUGACAAGGAAGUCCAAGUGAGUGAUAAGAGGUUGAAAGCCCUGGAGAACAGCAUCGAUGAUUUGUUGGUUUACAUCAGGAAACUUCUGCCAAGACCUUGGGCAUAUUCUGAAAAUAUCACUUUGAAUCAGGACACGGCUCAUGUUUGCUAUGAAGUGUCAGCAGAUGAGACAGAACUUAAAUAUUCUACAAAGCAGAGGAUUGUACCAAUAAAGAAUGAACGGUUUAUCACUGCACAAAACAUUCUGGCAAACCAGAAGUUUUCAAAUGGUCGCCACUACUGGGAAGUGACAGUCCAGAGCAAUGAAGAGUGGACCAUUGGUGUGGCUUCUGAGUCAAUAGCACGUAACGGGAAUAAGAGAGAUGCUACUCUGGGUCAAAACAAAAAUUCUUGGGCUCUGAAUUUGGUUGAUGGUGACUACCUUAUCAUGCAUAAUAAUGAAACCAUUGCACUGGAUAUCCGGGAGCGCAUCAAUCGAUUAGGUGUUUUCUUGGACUAUGAGGAAGGUCGACUGUCUUUCUACAAAACAGAAAACAAGUGGAGUCACAUCUUUACUUUCAAAUGCAAGUUUCGUGGUGCUGUAUUCCCUGCUUUCAGCAUAGGUUGUCAUCAGAAGAAAAACUGGCCCUUGAUUAUGUGUCACUUGGCACCAAUUCCUGACACAGAAAGACUGUCAGAUAUAGAUAGUGAAUGUUCUGACAAAAGCUCUGUGCAGCUUCCUGAAAAGUAAUCUACAAAACCAGAGAUAUUUGCCACAGUAAAUUCAUAAUUAUGUCUUACAAUACUGCUAUGAGCUGGUUUGUAUUACAGUAAUUCAUAGUGAUAAAAGUGAAAUCAGUGCUCUUUCCAAAGAUUUCCUCUGAGGCAAAUACUAGGGUUACAUGUUUUAAAGCCUUGGUUAUUGUAUCAAUUGGAAGAUCUUCAUAUACAGAGACAAUGUUUAAUGAUCUUUUCAAUACCGACCUCUUCAGGUGGAUGCACAGAGAAAAUAAUCUACUUUGUACUGAACAGAAACAAAGGUGUUUAGCAGGUUUAAAGGUCAAAAUUA